ACGAACGUGCCUUUAUCGCAAUGCCUUAUGGCCAUCAGUCGCGCAAGUCCCGAAAUGUUCUUUGACUCUCAAGAGUUUUCUGUAUAUAGCAUGAGUUAUGAAGAGAUCGCGGCACAACCCCCAGACACAGCUAAAACCAUUAUCUGGGAAGGACAUGGCCUUUCUUCUUGGAUCAUUGAAAGCGAUCAAAGAGAAAACAAGCAGAUCUCGGGGGAGGUCUAUACGACUAGCAAUCAUUCAUACCUGACUGAAAUACGGGUCACUUUGAAACUAAAAUGGAGCACCUUUUCCACCAUAAGCUUUUGUGCUGUAGUAGCAUUUACACUAACUUUGAUUGUCAGACCAAUAGAUUAGCCGAACCUGCCUCGAAAAGCAUGGAUUAUAUUGCUUAUGAGGCACAGUCGACAAGUAACGAAUACUAUUCGAUCUAUCGUGACAAAGGAAAACAGCCCGCUUUGGAAGCUCCCUUUACCAACACAACCAUGAACCAUCAAAGUCCAACCCUCAGAUCGCAUUUUCCCGAAAACCGACAACGAGUUGGCGCUUUGAUUCAUCAGGAUGUCCCGAACAUCGUUCCACGCAAGAACAGCAUGGAAGACAAAAGAAGAUUACCCAUGUUUACGAGCAACCCAAGCAUAAAAAAAAAUACAGAGGAUGAUGAAGAAGCUGAUUUAGAAUCCGAUGGCUCAAACUACGACCCCACCCACGAUGAAUUGGAAUCACCAUCGUCCUUACAAAAGCCCUCCCGGCGGUCUGCGGCCAAAAAACGGAAAGUCAAGGAUAUUGAUCCAAAAAGCGGACGGUUUUAUUAUGAAAUGGAGCGAGAUCACUGUGGUCAGCCUAUUUUACCAGUGGAGAUAGACUCUUGGACCGUCAUUAAUUUAGGUGUGAUUGACGCUGAGCGUCCAGCCUUCCAUACAGCACGCUACAUUUACCCGAUAGGAUACACGAUCAAAAAAUGGUAUCGCAGCAUGGUUGAUGCCAAGCGGGAUACCCAAUAUACAUGUCGAAUAGUGGAUGGUGGUGAAGAACCAAGAUUUCAAGUUGAAGCAGACGAUAAUCGUGGCACCGUCUUUGAAGGAAGAACUCCUACCACGGUUUGGACUGAAGUGGUUCGAAAGGCUUUUUCAAUACGCAACCUUGACUACCAGCAUAGUCCAGUCGGACCUGAGUUUUUUGGGCUGCGUAAAAAUGCCAUUGCUAAAAUGAUACAAGAUCUUCCCAAUGCUAAAAAAUGCCGAAAAUAUGUAUGGCAGACUUUCAGAGCAACCAUGUCUGGCAAAGCUGGUCGUAAUCGAAGACGUAUAAACAAUCUUGGUACAUUAAGUCCCGAACUUUCAGAACAACAACAACAGCCAUCGACGGUGAUCAAUCUCGACAAACCUAUUCAUAACCACUAACAAUAGGGACAAGAGGUGAAAAAGAAAAAAGCCAACAUAGAAGUCAUGAAAAUGCAUGUAGCUUAGAUUCUCAUUUUUUCAGUACAUUUUUUCCUUACUCUUUACAUAAAGAAUGUGUGCUGUUAUCCUCCAAAACCUGCUCGUCAUGGACCAGGACCCCUUUGGUCCAAUAGCAUCUCAUUUCGUG